UCCCCUUACUUUUGCCCCUAAACCCUUCAUCUCCUCCCUCCUCACGAUGCUCCGCCGCGCCGCCCCCUCGGCCGCCGCCGCCGCCCCAAUCAUCCUUCGACGUGCCCUCUCCGCCUCGCCAUCGUCGUCAUCGUCGUCUGCCGCAGCCGCCUCCUCCUCUGCCGUGAACUCCAUCCUCCUCCGCUCGCUCAAGGAGCACUACCUCGAGGUCUCCAAGAUGACUCCCCCGCCCAAGAUCAGUCCGCCCAAGCCCUACACUAUCGUCAAGGGGGCCCUAGACCAGCCCUCCGGCCCCGUGCUCCGCCGCGAGUACGGGGAGGCCGGCGAGGAGAUCUCGAUCUCCGUCGCCAGGCUCGCCAACAUCAUGCCCCCCGGUGCCGACAAUGAGUCGGACGACGGCGGCGCCGGCGGCGGAGGUGGUGUCAGCGAGUCGAUUAGCCAGAUUUUCCUGCACGUGGACAUCUCCAGGCCAGGGAACAGCAAGUCGCUCCAGUUCCUGUGCGGGCUGUACCCCGACGCCGUGGGGAUCCAUUCCGUCUGCCUCCGGUCGAAGACUGCCGAGUCUGGAACGGCGGCUAUGGCUGGGAAGGGCGAUGAUGGGUACCAAGGCCGCAUCUUCCAGGAAUUGGAUGAGAAUGUGCGUGAUGCAUUCCAUCAUUACAUCGAGGCCCGUGGCAUAAAUGAGAAGCUCUUCCCUUUCCUACAAGCUUGGCUCUAUGUGAAGGAUCACCGCAACCUUAUACGCUGGUUCAAGUGUGUGGGUACAUCCAUCAGUGGGUCAAAGUCUGAGUAAGAUGUUAAUUACAUUUUGCUCAAGAUCACAUCGAGGAGAUGAGACUGGAAAUGUUCUUUUUGUCUGUUUGAGAAAAUUCAGGAGACUAGGAGCUAUGACAGGAUAAGCCAAUGUGGCACGAGACAGUAGCGUUAAUCGGGCUUUUCCUUCUCUUUAGUUUAACUAAGCCCCUGGGGACUAGAUAUUGUCACUGGAGGGCUUGAUGUGUAGGAUUACUAGCGCGAGUUUGCAUUAUUCCCUGUGAUUGGAUGUUCUACCUUACUAAAGUAGCUGUCAAAUUUUCAAUACCACAACUUCGUUGUGCGUUGCAGUAUAUCAUCCUUGAAGAUGCUGUUGUACAAUGUAUGCAUGUUUCCUUGCCCUAGCGAUUUCAUGGCCCUCUAGUCUUGACUAUAGUGUUACAAAAAUAGGCCUGAAGGAGCCGGAAGCUGCUGGUAAUAUUUGUUAGAGCGAACAACCCCAACUUAGGGAUAGAAAAUUGUACAAGACUCUUCAACUCCUUCCAAUUCGAUUGCCAAUUGCACUGAUGAU